AUGCCCGUACUGGAAGGUCCCAGGUCCAUACUGGGAGCUUCCAGAUCCAUACCGGAAGGUGGGGUCCUCUACCCCUUCGGGCCGGAGGUUGGGGACGAGGCCACCCCCCACGAGGACGAUGGGAUGAGCCCCGAGAUCUUCCUCUGGGAGACCUUCUCCUUCUACGGACAACCCCACCGCUCCCUCUACGUGAACAACAACGGAGUGGUGUCGUUUGGGACGGGGGUCCCCGAGUUCACCCCCGAGCCCUUCCCGUUGCCCGGCCACCGCCCCUUCGUGGCCCCAUACUGGGCGGACGUGGACACCAGACUGGGAGGAGACGUCUUCUACCGGCAAAGUCGCCAACCGGAGUUACUGGCCCGCCUGGCGCGAGACCUGGCCACCGCUGUCACCCCCUCCGACCCUGUCCCACAGCCCACCUGGGCUUUCGUGGCCACCUGGGAUCGUGUCUCCUACUUUGGGGCAGCCUCCGACAAG